GCGACUCUCUCUCUCUCUCUCUGCAACAAAGGGAAAAAAAUGGAGGUAGCAGCAGCGACUGCGACGAGCUUCACAACUUUCCGAGGUCGUACGUCAGCGAUAAUCCCGUCUUCAACACGCAACCUGAGAUCUAAAGUGAGAUGCUCGUCUUCUUCUUCUUCUUCGCUCAGAGCUUCUCUCUCGAAUGGCUUACUCUCCCCGUACACCGGAGGAAGCAUCUCUAGCGACUUCUGCGGCGCUAAGAUUCGUUCGAAAUCGCUUAAUCCGUUAAAUCUCUCAAGCUCUAAUCCUAAGCGCGGAGUUGUCACUAUGGUUAUACCUUUUUCAAAAGGGAGUGCACACGAACAACCUCCUCCUGAUUUGGCAUCGUAUUUGUUCAAAAACCGGAUUGUAUAUUUGGGAAUGUCUCUUGUACCUUCAGUCACUGAGUUGAUACUCGCCGAGUUUCUUUACCUUCAGUAUGAAGACGAGGAAAAGCCUAUUUACCUCUACAUUAACUCCACUGGGACGACCAAGAAUGGUGAGAAGUUGGGCUAUGAUACCGAGGCUUUUGCAAUUUAUGAUGUCAUGGGGUAUGUCAAACCACCAAUCUUUACUCUUUGCGUUGGGAAUGCUUGGGGUGAAGCUGCUUUGCUUCUGACUGCUGGUGCAAAAGGAAAUCGUUCUGCAUUGCCCUCAUCCACUAUAAUGAUAAAACAGCCCAUUGCUCGAUUUCAAGGCCAAGCAACCGAUGUUGAAAUCGCAAGGAAAGAAAUCAAUCACAUAAAGACAGAAAUGGUCAAGCUGUAUUCAAAGCAUAUUGGUAAAUCCCCGGAGCAGAUUGAAGCUGACAUGAAACGCCCAAAAUAUUUUAGUCCCAGUGAGGCUGUUGAAUACGGGAUCAUUGAUAAGGUUGUUUACAACGAAAGGGGCAGCCAGGACAGAGGAGUUGUGUCCGACCUUAAAAAGGCACAACUCAUCUAAACGUCAGAAGUAUCUUCCAAAAUCCCUCAUGAUUAAAGGUUGUUGGUUUGAGCGCAGAUCAAAGGGGUAAUCGUUGAACCGUUGAUCGGCACAAAACCGAGUUAAAGUCUUGAAAAAUGUGAAAAAUGUUAUGUGUAGAAUUUUUAGGGUUAUCAAACAUAGACAAACCUAUUAUGUGCAGGCUUGUGAAUGCCUAGAAACAGAAUUGGUGUAAUUUUCAAUGUUUUGAACUUUUUAAAUUAAUCAACUUCGUCUGCUCACUCUCGUAAUGCAUAUUUUCAUUUGUA